UCUACUCGAUCCUUGGUAUUUCUUGGCGAAAAUACCAUUUUCUCUAACCAGGUCGAUUACAAUCAUGAUACGCCCUUCCUUCCUCGCCGCAGCGCUGGUCGCAGCCGUAUCGCCCACUGCCCUUUGCGCACCCGCCGAUCCCCCCCCGGGAGCCGGCACCGCAACACCGACGACCCUGACGGAGGGACAGCUGUGGAUCCGGGCCGUCGAGUCGCCCAACUUCCACAAAUACCUGCAGACCAAGCCCCCCAACGUCCCCGGCACGGCCAUCCUCGACUCGUACACCACGGCGGGCCAGUUCAACAUCGUCGGCGGCCAGCUCGUCAACAGCAUCGCGAACCCGCCGCUGUACAUGUGGGUCGACCAGCCAGCCGACCCGGCGAACCCGCCGCGCACGCUGGCCACGUGGUUCAACACGACCAAGAACCCCUUCGGCACCUUCGAGUUCUCGGGCGACACGGUGACGUGGAGCGACCCCAGCGUCAAGAGGCAGAACCUGGCGGCCUGGCUGGUGUGUGCCAAGCAGCAGCUGUUUGUCAAUACGGGUGCAUAUGCGUAUGAGACGCCAUCUGGGUGUGCUGACGAGACGGUGAGUUUGGUGUACUCUGGGCUUACGAUUUGGGAGCCACGGCCCUGAUACGCG